AUGCAAGUUUUCAGCAAGGCAACGAGUGCUGCCCUGAGGUACCUUGUGGAGGAGGAGCAGCGACCACAAUCCUACCUUGUGACAUCAUGGUUUUUGGAGAAGGUGGACCACUGGUUUGACCUCAUGUCUUCCCAGAAUGUUGUUACUGCUCUCAGCCUGUUCAAAGUGGAGGAGUAUGAGAAAGCCAUACACUUUCUCCAGGACCGCAUCCACCUGUUUCGGGGCCUGAAGAUCGGUCACCUGGGCAGCUGGAAACUAGUCCAGACAGGACUUGUGAUGGCCACUAGAGUGAUCCUGGAAGUCCAGCAAGACCUGUUUAGCAAAGGGCACAAAUUUGUUCUCACAAGUCGGUUUACACAGGACUGCCUGGAGAACACCUUUUCUUGUAUUCGUCAGAGGAACCCUGUCCCAACACCAGCAGGGUUCCACUAUGCACUGCGAGCUGUCACUGUUGGACAGUUCCUCACCACAGUACCUACUGGCAAUUACUUGGAUGACGGAUCUAACCAUUUGGCAGACUUCCUGGAUUUAAAGAGAAGCAGCUGCAGUCCUCCUCCAGUGGUGAGUCUGGAGCAGCUGGAUGACCCAGCAUCACCACCUGACGUCACAAAAACAGAGUCCUGUGUCCUCUACCACCUGGCAAGAUACAUUGUGAAGAGGGUCAUCAGCUGCUCACUUUGUGAGGAAUGCCAGAGCUCCCUAAUAGAAAAUGAAAAUACAAGUGAGAGAGAUGUUCUUUUUAGAUUGAAGGAGUUUAAAAGGGGGGCACUAUACCGGCCAUCUGAUGAGGUUUUCAGUCUCAUUCAGAGUGUGGAGCAGCUGUUCCAGGCAACCUCAGUUGACUCACUCAUUGAAUCAACCAAUGCAGUGGCAAUGCUGGAACAAGCGGCAAUGAAACUUGACAGCAACCUUCCCUCAUGCCAUAUGCUUCAGAAAAAAAUUCUCACCAGAUACAUCCGGCUGAGGCUGAGAAUUGUCUCUAAGUUCAUCUCAGCUGCAAAAAAGAAAGACACACAGAGAGGGUGCUUUAGCAGCAAGAGCCAAAGCAAAAGGGGAAAAAAGAAACAAGCUACGUCUACUGCAACAAUGGCAACGUCAUCUAGGCCACUGCCAAGCCCCUUACUGGUCGCCAUGGACGUAUUCGGGCUUUCCACCCCUUCUCCAUCACCAGCAGACUCCAGUGGUCCCUCACUCCAGUAG